AUGUCGAACUACUCGCAUUCAAGCAAUAAUCCCUUCCUUAAGGUGUCAACGAAAGAGGAUAAACCCUCGUCGUUUCAUAAAAUCGCAGAGGACGAAGAGUACGAGGUGACGUCACCAACCGAUGCAACCUUUCGAGCCUCCAAGAAUGCCGACAACUCAGCUGGUGGAAAUAACCCGCUCGAGAGUGGUCGAGCUGGAGAAUCGGGCGAUGGAAUACGCUUUGGAAGAGACCCCUUUGGUAAUUUCCAGGGUGGUGCGGAAGGCCAGGACGAGUCCUCCAUCGACCCUAAUGGCUUCCGCCCUACGGGUGGCCCCGAUCAUGGCUUUCCCAACAAUUACGCCCUGGGCCGUCGAACAUCCGUAUCUGCUGAAUCUCUGAACCCUACAUCCGCGGGAUCAGACAGCUGGACCCCGCCGAGCCACCCGAAAUCUGAAGAACAGCUCGCCCGGUUGAAGACAGCUGUCAGCAACAACUUCCUCUUUUCCCACCUGGAUGACGAGCAGUCCAGGACGGUACUAGAUGCUUUGGUUGAGAAACCUAUACCCGCAAAAGAUAUUAAAGUGAUCUCCCAAGGGGAUGCCGGCGACUAUUUCUACAUUGUUGAAGAGGGCCAUUUCGACGUUUAUAUCAAUCCCUCUGGCUCCGUGCAACCGGGCCCAGACGGGGCUGGCACCAAGAUCAGCACGAUCGGCCCUGGCGGCUCGUUUGGAGAGCUGGCUCUAAUGUACAACGCGCCGCGAGCGGCAACCAUUGUAUCGACAGAGCCUAAAAGCACUCUAUGGGCUUUAGACCGUAUAACCUUCCGACGCAUUCUCAUGGACUCGGCAUUCCAGCGACGACGCAUGUAUGAGGCUUUCUUGGAAGAAGUCCCGCUCCUGUCCAGUCUCAAACCUUACGAGCGGGCAAAGAUCGCGGACGCUCUCGACACAAUCAAGUUUCCGGCCGGGGAAUAUAUCAUUAAAGAAGGUGAUCCGGGAGACGCCUUUUACCUGCUUGAAUCCGGCGAGGCCGAGGCUUUUAUGGAGGGCGUCGAAGAACCCGUGAAGUCAUACAAAAGGGGAGAUUACUUCGGUGAACUGGCUCUACUAGACGACAAACCUAGAGCAGCCAGCGUUCGCGCGAAGACGGAGGUCAAGGUCGCCAAGCUUGGUAGAGAUGGAUUCAAACGUCUGUUGGGCCCGGUGGAAAACAUCAUGAGAAGGACGGAAUACUCGUCGAGGCCAUCUACAGCUACAUAAGCCUAGCGCCAACAGGCGUACUUGCUCAGAACGAUUCUCAGUUGGUUUCAACGUUUUGUUCCUGCGUUUGUUGUAUAUUGACAUUAUAAGGCAACGGUCCGCAGUAAGGGAGUGUGUUUUCAUCGCGAAGAGGUUAGAAAACUCCCAUUUACCGAGCGAAUCAUUGGUUUUGUCCUUGUUUCAGAUCUGGAGCAUUGUCCGCUCCUGGAUUGUUCAUGCAGAUAUCUCUUCUCUUGCGGAAUCUUUCUCACUUUUAUAUCUUCCUCAGCAACUGCUAUACCUGGCAUUCAAUCCAUCGGUCAUCCGUCAUACGACUGCUGCAGAUUUGGACGCCACCAACAGGUCUAUGCUGAAGUGGAUCAGGCAGAGUAAUAGACUUUCCACCAUCUGUCUCAAUAGGCUGUGAAGUUUCAUGUAACAUUGGAAUAGUUGGUUCCGUAC